GGAGGGAAAUCCCUCAGCUCUUCGAGAGCCUUUUGAAUGGACUGAUGUGUUCUAAGCCUGAAGACCCAGUAGAGUACUUGGAAAGUUGUUUACAGAAAGUAAAGGAACUAGGUGGCUGUGACAAGGUGAAAUGGGAUACAUUUGUCAGCCAGGAAAAGAAGACUUUACCUCCGCUAAAUGGAGGACAGUCACGGAGAUCCUUUCUAAGAAAUGUAAUGCCUGAAAAUUCAAACUUUCCAUAUCGGCGGUAUGAUCGGCUCCCUCCAAUCCAUCAAUUCUCCAUAGAAAGUGACACGGAUCUCUCUGAGACUGCAGAGUUAAUUGAGGAGUAUGAGGUUUUUGAUCCUACUAGACCUCGACCAAAAAUCAUUCUUGUCAUAGGUAUGAGAAAGGAAGCAAAAUUCGUGGACUAUAAUGGGAAUGGCUACCCCUGGCCUUGUGUGGAGCGGCAAUCCCGGAGAUACGCUGGUGAGAACAUAGAGGGGUGGAUACAUGGCAGCCUCCACAGAACCAAAGGAGAUGAUGCCAUGACCACACUUGCAUUGAUCUGUACUCCCGACUUGGUGGUAUUCCUGGCUUGUGCCAAUCAGAGGCUCAAAGAAAGAUUAUUGAAGCGUGCAGAACAACAGGGGCGGCCUGACGACAAUAUGAAAGCUACCCAAAGGCGACUAAUGAACUUCAAGCAGAACGCUGCUCCACUGGUUAAAUACUUCCAGGAAAAAGGGCUCAUCAUGACUUUUGAUGCCGACCGAGAUGAGGAUGAGGUGUUCUAUGACAUCAGCGUGGCAGUUGACAGCAAAUUAUUUCCAAACAAAGAGGCUGCAGCAGGUUCAGGUGACCUUGAUCCUUUGAUGAUGUUGGACACUGGAGAGAUCAUUGAUACAGGUUCUGAUUAUGAAGAUCAGGAUUUCAUUCCUGGCCUUAUUCUCAUAAAUGAAGGACUCUGCUCUGUUAGCUUUCCUGAUUUGAUUGAUCAGCAGGACAAACAUGGAGUCAAAGAACCUACUCCCCUGCAGGCGUUAAUGCCUCCUGGGUCCCUGCUGCUCCUGGCUGGAGGAUGGGGUGGCAUUCCUCAUGAGCCAUGUGGCAUUCCUCAGCGGGAAGUCACCUUUGAUGCUAAUACCUGUGGCAUCCUCGAGAUGUCUGUGGUAAAUCAGAGCACAGGAGAUGAAGCAAGAAUUAUAAUCGCUAUUGACAAAGGCUGUUUGAAUGAGGAACACAUUGAGCUCAUAGUCAAGAAAGGUAAUAAAUAA